UUGUGAUCAAGUUCAGAAACCCUCAGCUCUGCUUUCUACAAAACUAUAUUUUUUUCUGUUUCGCCGUACGAUCGACGACGACGUGCUUGUGUUUUUAUCACAAAAGAUUAAAAACAAAAAAUAAUUAAAAGAAUUAUUUAAGAAAAGUUUAUAAACCAUGUCAUCGAGUGUGAUCGAUCUAUUCCCCACCACAAUCAACACGGCCAGCAAGGCCUUCCGCUAUCAACACAUCAUGCCGGCGCCAUCGCCCACUUCCAAUCAGAAUCAGAACCAAAACAGUCCGGCUCAGAUCAAGACCCGGAAGUACACGCCACGCGGCAUGGCUCUGGCAUCGGCCGGAUCCUCGCCGGCGCCCUACAACGUCGACCAGUCACAGUCCGUCCAGCGGCGGAAUGCCCGGGAAAGGAAUCGCGUCAAGCAGGUGAACAACAGCUUCGCCCGGCUGAGGCAGCACAUCCCCCAGUCCAUCAUCGCCGACCUGACCAAGGGCGGUGGCCGGGGUCCGCACAAGAAGAUCUCCAAGGUGGACACUCUGAGGAUCGCCGUGGAGUACAUACGCCGGCUGCAGGACCUGGUGGACGAUCUGAACGGAGGCCCGAGCGUCAGCCAGACGGUGACCCAACUGCAGCUCUGCCUAGACGAGUCGAGCAGCCACAGCUCCGGUAGCAGCUCCUGCAGCUCUUCCGGUCACAACCUUUACUAUCCAGCGAAUCCUGCCGUCAAUCCCCUCCAGCAACAGCAGCAGUUGCAGCGCCAGCAGUUCCCCCACCAGCCACUGACAGCCAUCUCUCUGAACAGCAAUGUGGCGGCCAGCAAUAAUGCGACAACAACUCCUGUGGGCAUCACCGCCACAUCCUGCCACUCGCCCACCUCCUCCUUCAACUCCAGCAUGUCCUUCGACUCGGGCACCUACGAGGCAGCCCCCCAGCAGUUGGGCUCUCACCUGGACAUUGAUCUGGACACGGAAACCCACUCGCACUCGCACUCCCAUUCCCAGCUGCAAAUGAAAUUCGAGCCGUACGAACACUUUCAACUGGACGAGGAGGACUGCACCCCGGAUGACGAGGAGAUCCUCGACUACAUCUCCCUGUGGCAGGAGCAGUGAUCCUCCUGCCCAUGUCCUGUUCUCUUCUAGUCAAUGUUGAGUUGAACCAAGUGCCUCAAAUUGUAAAUAAUCACUCUCAGCCUUACACGAUCAUCCUAGAAAAUAUUCCAUUUUUUUUUGUCGUCAACUUUAUUUUAAGAGAAUUUUUUUGAAUAGUUUAAGACCACGA